AUGCUCAAUUGGCAAGACUUUGACGUUGUAUUCCAGGCAAAGCCUGAUUAUGCCUACGACAACAAGACCGUCGAGAACAUCACCAGACAUCGCAAGGAAUUCGGCGAGUUGUUCUUUGACCGCAUAUGGAAGUCAAUUGGUUUGAUGCGACCCUCACGGAACAACUACCCUCCUAGAACAAACCAAGAUCUACGCAAUCUGUGGUCCAAAAUUGUACAGUCAUCCGCGGCAGACGAGCAGAAACUCGCCCUCCUCUUUUACGUCCUCCGAGACUGUCGGCAACUUUCCAAUGCAGAUGUAAACUUCGCUCGAAGAACCUAUCUUCCUCAGAAAUACCAGCUUCUUGUGGCCGGGCUGUGGGAGCUUGACCAUGCGCAGUUCUCACGGGCUUUGGAACACCUGACCGAUCCCUCCUUGACUCCUACGUUCGCCGACGAUAUCCUCCUAGCGCUCCUUCAGCAUCCAAAGUGCGAUCCCGCUCUCGCGACAGCAUACUACAUUGCGGUUUCUCCUCCACUAAAAGACCAAGCGGCACUUGAGGCAUAUUUCCAAUUACUGCUCCGUAACAAUCUUGUGGAGGCAUACUACUUUGCAAAGAAGCAGGACCAUCUGAGACACAAGGCAUUAUUUGAGGAGCUAGUCAUCACAGUCCACCAAGAGACACCGGGGUCUGAGCAUGCCGAACGCGCAACUCUUCUUGCUGGCCUAAGAUUUACUGCUGAAGAGGACAGAUGGUUCGAGGAAUGCUUGCUGAAUGGUGGUGGAUCGAAACUUGCUGGAGCAAAGGAUUCAGUCAUGGCACGAAGGAUUGCACUGGGAAGGUCGACGUCCGACAUCAGCGCUCUAAACAGACUGAAGGGAGAGGAUAUCGCUGGAGUUAGCUGGGAUUAUGUGAGGACAGGGAUUACGGAAGCUGUUCCGUGA